AUGGCUCAACGUCCUGGUCCGCAGAGCGAGGGUGCUCGAAAAAACUCGUCCUCGCCAGCCGAGCCGCUGCUACCGCAGUUCUCAGACCCCUCGUUUGACCCGGUCGAUUUCCUCAACGACACUCUUCCGCCGCUAAAUACUUCGCAAUCACGCUCGGCAGGCGGCAGUUCGAUUGCGGAUGUCUCUGCCCGGACCCAGUCGCUACUCUCCCAGAUCACCGCACAGAACGCCCGGCUAUCGAACACGCUGAACCAGCUUACUGACGAGAUAAUACGAAGCAGUGGACGGCUGGCGUACGAAGUAGAGGUGCUACGCGGGGAGACAAUCGGCCUCUCAGACACCCUCACAGACACUCUGCAGGAUGAUAUUCGCAGCCUCCUACCCCAGGGCCUGCCUGAACCUACCUCUGCCGCCGUCCAGGAAGAUGUACAUCCAACGAACGAAAAAGGGGGCGAUAAAGACCCAUGCGCAAAGACCCAUUCGGAGGUCACACAAGAAGACCCAGAGUAUAUAUCUCGCCUACGGACGUUGAUGCAGGUUAGAACUCGACUAGAAGAGGUAAUACAGGUAUUUGGAGAUGCAAUGGAGUGGCCGCUGCCUCCAUCAGAGGUCUCAAUUACCUCCUCAUUUAUAUCCGUCUCAGCUCCUGAAGCUGGCCCUGAAUCACGGAGUCUGGAAGAAAAAGGCCGCGAGGUAGCAAAGAAGUUCAGGUCACAAGUCACCGGGCUGCUGGACAGCAACGGUGGGGGGGAAGCCGGCUUGGAAGCAGCAGCCCGCCGAGUUGAGGAGUUACGGCUCCUCGCGGGCGUAUGGAAAGGUACGGUAGAAGAGAAACCGAGACUCAAGUUCGUCGACAGUCUUGCAAAGAUUGUUGAGGACAGGCGGAAGGUCCUCGAAAGCCAGGCAAGGGAAAGAGAGGAAAAGGAUAACCGAAAGGCUGUUGGGACUGCCUCGAAGGGCAGAACCUCUGAACUUCCUUCACGUGAAAAGCCAGAGAGCACUGGUAGUGGACUAAUGCGCAAUUUACAACGCUUGAGAGAUGAGAUAUACCUUGAAUAG